GAAGCGACCACACGCACAAGCACCACACGUAUAAGUCACGGGAGCCAAACUUUGUUCGUUUGGUAGAACAAGUAAUUACGAUAGCGCCGCCGUAAGACGCAAAUACCGGUCCUAGCCAGAGUAUCCCGAGAUCGUGGUUUGAAAGGCCAACAUAAGCGGCUCCUGAAUCCCGCAGCCGCAUGCUCGCCAUAGCUGCCUCUCCUCUCCAGCAUACGCACCCUAGCUUCUCGGCCCUUUCGCUAGACGUCACGCAAUCCACAGCUCGUAUAGCCGGUCGUUGCUUCCGCCAGACGCCACCUCGAAUCAUGGCCGUCGAUGCGUUUCCGAGCUGCCAAUCCAUGGCGGACUUUCCCCCAUGCGCUAGUCGAUCUUGCGGCAGUUGUUUCCCCAUGUGUAGUGCGAUUUACGCAAUGAAGGUCUAUUUCGAUGACACUAUCAAACGCACCGCGUUUCUCGGUUGCUAUCCGCCGUCGUUUGACCUCGUCAACCUGCGGAUUCGCGCGCUCCUCGGGUUCCCCGCCGACAAGCCGCUAUCUCUCACUUACGUGGACGCAGACAGUGACGAAAUCGCGCUCUCCACUAACGAGGAUCUCUACGACGCGUAUAUCUUCCAGAAGAAAAAUCCGCUGCGAGUUUACGUGGCUUUUGUCAAAUCGAGUCUGAAUCCCUCCCUUGGGGCCAGCGGCGUUUCUGUUGGCGUCAGCACCCCUGACGGCCUGCAUCCUCCCCUCUCGUCUUCAGAAAAAGCGGCUACAGCUACUGCUAAGCAUGUUGCGACGUCUACAGAUUCGCUAGUAGUAGCCGCGACGACAGCUUCUGUUACUGAUGCUGCUACAGCUGCUCCUGCAUCUGCCAUGCCUUGUGCUACAGCUGCUCCUUCAUCUGCCAUGCCUGGUGCUACAGCUGCUCCUUCAUCUGCCAUGCCUGGUGCUACAGCUGCUCCUUCAUCUGCCAUGCCUGGUGCUACAGCUGCUCCUUCAUCUGCCAUGCCUGGUGCUACAGCUACUGCUAAACAUGUCGCAACGUCUUCGGACUCACUUGUAGUAGAUGCCGCAGCGGCUUCUGUGGACUCGAACCUGAAGGGCUCACAGGGGGCCAGGCGCGUCUCAGUUGGCGUCAGCACCCCUGCCGACUUGCUUCCUCCCCUCUCAGCUUCAGAAAAAGCAGCUGCGGCUGCGCCUGCGCCUGCUGCUGCCAUGUCUGGUACUGCACCUGCUACCACUCCAUCGUCUGGCUCUGUAACUUUAUAUGUUGCUGCUUCUGGUGCAGCAGCGGCGGCUGCUACCACCACCCCUUCAGCUGCUGCAGCUCCUUCCGCAGUUGAAGAACGGGCUCCAAUGACUCCUGCUCCUCCUCCGCCUUCUCCUGCCCUUGCUUCUGCCUCCUCUCCAUCUUCUGACCUCAACUCUGCUCCUGCUCCCACUCCUACCACCCCCUCUUCCCUCCCUGUUUUCGCCACCGCUCCUGUUGUUUGCACUUCUGCUCCUGUUGCUGUUGCUGCUCCCUAUGUUUUUGGCACUUCUGCUGCUGUUGCUGCUGCUGCACCUCCUCCUACGGCCGUCAUUUCCGCUCCUGUUUCCACUGGAGCCCAUCCUCUUCUCGGCACCACUGCUCCUGUUUCUUCUGGUCCCGCUUAUACCCUCAGAACUACUUUUCCUGCUUUUGGAGCUCCACCUUCUAGAAACUGCGUCAAAAUGCCCCAACCUGUCACUAGCGGUGCCACUCCUGUUCGCCACACUCGUAUUCCAAGAAGAAGGGGAUAUCAAGUGGUGCCUGCAGCUGUUGCUGCAACAGCAGGCGCACCAGGCGCAGCAGCUGCUGGUAUGGGUAACUCCGUGUUUGGCAUUGCUCCAUGCACAACAGCUGGCAUUUUCUCCAAGGCCCCAGCAUUUGGCAUCACAUCUGGUAACGUUUCUGGCUAUUCGCCUGCAGCAGCUGCUGCAGCAGCAGGCGCAGCAGCUGCUGGUAUGGGUAGUUCCGUGUUUGGCAUUGCUCCAUGCACAACAGCUGGCAUUUUUCCCAAGGCCCCUGCAUCUGGCAUCGCAUCUGGUAACGUUUUUGGCCAUUACACUCUUGGUCAUCUCCCUGCUUUCGCUCCAGCUAUGCCUCUUCCAAAUGGCUUGGCUAGUGGCACAGGGGGUAAUUUUGCAAGCAGUUAGAAGUAAGCAUGCAUGCAAAUGGCGUGUCCUCCCUGUGGCUUAUUCAACUGCAUACAUGAACCUUCUGUCAUGGCACUGGGAUAGCCUUGUCGAACCUCUUCUCUCUCUAGGGAGGGUACUAGGGAGGCUUUCCUUGAGGAAGGUGGAUACAUGGAGCCUAACUCUCCUGAGGAUAUCCCUUCUUGUCCCAGUGGUUAGGACUGGUGACUUUAUGACACCUUCACCCCCCAGCUGAUAAUCCAUAGUAAACUGAUGUUCAUAUUGUAUUUAAUGUUCCAUUAGCU